UUUGGACAAUCUAUAUGGUGCAAAGUACAGAACGUAGGAUUAUCCGAGGAGUAUAAAAACAAUGCCGAAGUUACACUAACUGUCCGUAGAAUAUGUGCAUUAGCAUUAGUCCCUAUAGAUAACAUUGAUGAAUGUUGGGCCAUAAUUCACGCGGAAGCUCCAAAUAAUGAAAAUCUAAUAAAACUCAUGGAUUACUUUGUUGAUACUUAUUUAAAUUAUGAUAUAUGCCACUUUCACCGAAAAAUGUGGAACCAUUUUGAAACAGAAGGCAGUCGAACGAUUAAUCAUUUGGAAGGAUGGCGCGCGGCUUUAAAUCGAGCAGUUAACCGUCACAGGCCUAAUAUUUAUACACUUAUAAAUUAUAUCAAAAACCAACAGCAGAACUUUGAAUUGGAUAUUUCAUCGCAAAGUAGGGGAAAUCCAAUACCCAAACCAAGUUUGAAAUUUCGUAAGCUCGAGGAACAGUUGAAAAAUGUUAUAGAAAGGUACGCAAAAUAUUUAUUUUAUGUAACAUACUAUUUGUGGAUACCAUAUUUAUAUCUAUCUAUAUUUUAA